AUGGAACAAGCAGGACUGGAAGAAUUGCAGUUAGCAAAAGAUAUUGGAGAAGUAGAUGAACAAGGAAAAGGUCUAAUUGCAGUGAUUGUUGAAGAACCCGAGGAGGUAUUUGACCGCCGCGCGCAAUCACAAUAUACCGACAUUAAAAACUCUCCUUACCACACAUUUGGAAAUCAUUCAAACUGUGCACAAUAUUUUUGUAAAAGAGAACAAAACGACAGAGAUUAUGUGACAGAAAUGGAAGAAUACGAACUAAUGGAUGACAUUGUUUCUGCUGAAAAUAGGCUAGUUCAAAACAGCCACAGUUUAUUAUUAAACAUGACUAAGAAUGCUGCAGAGACAUAUAAUUCAAUCGUAGCCAAAUUUAUUAGAGGAAAGAGAAUUAAUUUUUCAGUUAAAGGAGCAUAUAUAAUAUAA